UGCCCAACUACAGAGAUAUAUGAACCAUGCUCCAUGACCCAACAUAACGUAUCCUUGGGAAUUUAAUCCAUGACCCUUGCCAGCUGUAAUUGCCUAUUGUGUACAUGCUCGUGUACAUGCAUGUGUACAUGUACAUGUAGAAAGGCAGCAUGAACAUUCCUCCAUGGUAUGAAUAGCACGCUGUCAUUGUGCACCCGCGGUGAAUGUCAGCCGGAAACCAGCUGAACACGUCAUAUAGUCCGUCGAACGGCAGCAGUCCUCGCUCUUCCAACACUCCGACGAUAUCUGAAGUGUUCACCUGACACACGGUAGGCUGUUUCACGCAUUGACAAAGACUGAACAAUUCGCUUUAGUACGCGUCGUCGGUUGUUGACAACUGUAAAUGUACGCUCGAUGAGUUAAGCAAGAUGGGAGAAAGCAGCAAGAAAGUCGCCAUUAUUGGCUGCGGUGUGACCGGUCUGGCAGCAGUGAAGUGUUGCCUGGACGAAGGCCUUCAACCAACAUGCUUUGAGAGGUCAGAUGGCGUCGGUGGUCUUUGGUAUUACUGCGACGACACUGAACGCAAACUAAAAGCCUCAGUCUACAGGUCGACCGUCACCAACACCAGUAAAGAGGUCACGUGCUACAGCGACUUCCCCUUCCCUAAGGAAUGGCCGAAUUUUCUCCACAACUCCUACGUAAAGAAGUACUGCGACAUGUACGCCGACGAAUUUGGUCUGAAGAAGCAUAUCCAUUUCUCAACUAAGGUGACCUGCUUGGCCCAGGCUCCAGACUACCAGUCUAACGGGCGAUGGGUCGUCACUACUCAACCCGAGGAGGUGGUUAGCCGUGACGAGGAGGAGACUAGCCAGGAGUUCGACGCUGUCAUGAUCUGUACAGGAAUGUUUAACAACCCCUACAUCCCAGAGUUUCCAGGUCUUGAUGAGUUCCAGGGGAAGAUUAUGCACAGCCACGAAUACCGAAGGCCAGAGGCAUUUGAAGGCAAGCGAGUGGUGGUGGUUGGGAUUGGUAACUCUGCAGGAGAUGCGGCUGCCGACGUGAGCCGUCUGGCAUCACAGGUGUUCUUGAGUGCCAGACGAGGCGCUUGGAUGAUGAAUCGUAUUGUAGAUUACGGUAUCCCUUGGGAUCUUCAGGUUUCCAGAAGGUAUUUCUGGAUCCCAACGAAGCUGUACUUGACACUGUUCAAGAAAGAGCUGAGACGUCGGUUAGGAAUGCUGUACAAUCCUCUGACGCCUGCGCAUGACUUGGGGGCCUGCGAGAUGCUCAUAUCUGAUGACCUGCCUGGUUGUAUCCUCAACGGCGCAGUGAUCGUCAAAACAAACAUUGCUAGAUUCACAAAGAAGGGCGUGGUGUUUGAAGACGGUACCAGCGAGGACGACGUCGACGUUGUCAUCAUGGCCACUGGCUACAAGGACACGCUGCCCUUCCAGGUAGACUGCGAGGCCUUGGAGAUGCCAGAAGGCCACGUGCCACUGUACAAGCUGCUUUUUCCGCUCGGCUUGAAACAUAGCACGUUGUCGGUCAACGGGGCCUGUCGACCCUUUGGGGGGGUUAUGCCGUGUGUGGAGCUACAGGCGCGCUGGGCUGCGAGGGUUUUUAAAGGGUUGGCCGAGCUUCCUUCCCAGACGGAAAUGGAAGCUGAGGUGAAGGCUGUAGAUGAGGCAAUGAAAAAUGCUUUUCUACCCUCCCAUCGUCACGUUGACCCCCUAGCGUAUUGCAACAGCCUCGCGUCCGAGAUCGGAGUGCGGCCGAAUUUCCUGAAGCUGUUCUUCUCUGAUCCUGUGUUGACCCUCCGGUGCCUGUUCGGCCCCCAUGUGCCGUAUCAAUUCCGGCUAGUGGGCCCAGGGUCGAAGAAGGAGGCCAGGAAGGCCAUCAAUACGGUUUGGGAGCGGGUGCUGGAACCUACCAAGACCAGGCCUGUUUACCCAAAAGUAGACGACACCCACUACAAUGUCAUUUUCUUUCUUUUGUGUGUUUCUGUCUUGGCGGUUGUGGCUGCCAGGUUGUUGAUGUAGGAGGGCGCUGUUAUGAUGUAAGCCCUAACUGUGAAAACAAAGAGAUCCUGGGUUGGAAUCCACCCUCUGGACCUUUGCCCCAAUAUCGUCACAUGUCGGCAUUUAUUUGUUAGUUUUGGUAAUGUCUUACAGUCAUUGGAUGCUAACUUUGUGAAAUCUGUAGAACCGUUUUCGCCAAACACUAUUUUGGGAGACAGUUCAGCCAGUAUCUUUUUACAAUGCACACACUGGGCUGACAGGAAGGACUGAACUGACAAAUACCUGAUGCACUCAAUAUAAGAUAGGUUUGUGCGGAGUUUUGAAAGGUCAGAACCUACCCGUCUGUGAGAUGGUCCGAACAAGCCUGGCUUCUUUAGGGGUAAGUAGGAUUUUAUGCGUACACGCGUUUAUUACGUACAAUUUCUUUUGGAAAUCGUUAUUCAAAACCAACUUACCGUACAUUGCUGACCGUAUUGUCACUUUUGACCGACAGAGCCUUGAGGAUCACUCUUCUUAUAGAUUUAAGGUCUGUGGCGACCUUUCAGAAAUUGUAAUCAGCGAUCUUUCUUAUUACAUAUAAUCCAAGUGUUGAUGUGAUGAUAAGGAGAGGAUGGGAUCAAUUUUUAAAACCUUUUUUUUUUAAAUUUCCAAUAUACAUGUAUGAACAAUGUAGUUAUCGGACCUUACUUUGGUAAUCGCAUUUAUUCAUUUUUAAAGUUACUGUGAAAGCUUUCAAAGGUUUCCUCGAGUUUGAAUCGUCCGUGGACAAAUGGCGACUUUCGUAAAUCUGAUUAAUUUUUCAUAUUUGAACUCGUGUCAUCAUAUAAUGAUUAUUUCAUUUCCUCAGUAAAGAACGUUAACCAGUUCACUUUCAA